AAGGAGGUAAAUAGUAAUGGAAUGGACUUGGAAGUGGACGUUUUGCUUAUCUCGCAUGUGGAGGAACGGUACAUUUGCAGGAACCAUGCUUUAAAGAACUUGAAACAACGUUUGAUGAACUGAGAUUUUUCAGGAUGUUACAUUUUUAAAGAAAAAUACAUUAUCCGAAAAAAGUUUUCUUUGCCGGGCUUUAGACCGUCCAACCGGAUUAUACAAUGUUCAUAGAUAUUUUUAUUUUGUGUUUUUUAUCCGUCACCACACGCAUCGCAUCAUCUUUGGAGCUGCAACCUGGCAUGCCGAAUGUGUGCACAGAUCAGGAGCUGUCUAUGCUGGGGUCCAGCCAACCCUGUGUCCAGGCUUUUACCCGCAUGACCAAGGUGUGGCGGCAGGGCUGCACAGGCCACAGCUGGUGUAUGGGCUAUGAGAGGAGGACUACAUACUACACCGUCUACAGACAGUCGUACGCCAUGGAGAGGCGCACCGUGUACAAGUGCUGCCCAGGCUGGAGGCACAAGGACGGAGAGAAGGGCUGUUUGCAUAGGAUAUGUGCCCCAGACACCUGCUUCAAUGGUGGGAGAUGUGCCGAGCUUGGAGACCAGAUAUGUCAGUGUCCAGGUGGCUUCCAAGGGACACGCUGCCAAUAUGAUGUGAAUGAAUGCGAGGGAAAUGACGGCAGCUGUGAGGGCUACUGCUGCAACACCAUUGGCAGCUUCUACUGCAAGUGUCCCCAGGGAAGGAGAUUGGGGCCGGACGGCAAGUCGUGUCAGGAUGUCAAUGAGUGUGAGGAGAUGAACGGGGGUUGCCAGCAGGUGUGCGUCAACACUCCUGCCUCUUAUCACUGUGAGUGCAGCCCUGGCUUCCGCAUGCACACGGACGGAAGGACCUGCAUAGCGGUGAACUCGUGUUCGGUGAAGAACGGCGGCUGUGAGUACAAGUGUGUGGACACGGGCAGCAACGUCUACAGAUGCGAGUGCCGCAAGAACUACCGGCUGACGACAGACGGGAAGCACUGUGAACUGGAGGAUCCCUGUGAGGAGGGGAAUGGAGGCUGCGCCCAGCUGUGUGACUCCCACGGUGCCCUGCCUCAGUGCAGCUGCAGACCUGGGUUCACACUGUCUGGUGAUGGCAAGGGCUGCGAGGACGUGGAUGAAUGCAGGGUGGACCCGGCCAAGUGCUCCCAUCGCUGUGUCAACACGCCCGGCUCCUUCAUCUGUGUUUGUAACCCCGGAUUCGAACUGGGUGCUGACGGCAAACAGUGCUACCGCAUUGAGAUGGAGAUCGUUAGCAGCUGUGAGAAGGACAACGGCGGCUGCUCCCAUCGCUGCGAGCACACCAAUGGCGGCCCUCUCUGCUCCUGUAACCACGGUUACCACCUGGAUCAAGACAGGAAGACCUGUCUGGACAGCGAUGAGUGUGUGAACGGGGAGAGCUGCUGCAGCCAGCUGUGCAGGAACUACCCCGGGGGCUACGAGUGCAGCUGCAGUGCGGGACACAGGCCGAGCCCAGACGGCUGCGGCUGCGACGUAGUGGACCAGUGUCUGUCCCAGACCGCCGGCUGUGAGCACUACUGCGUGAGCGCCUGGGGUUCGUACGAGUGCUUCUGCCGCCCGGGCUUCCGUCUGGAGCAGGACAAGCGCUCCUGCACGCCUCUUUACGGCAGGGAUUUCGGGGAGGAGGAGGACGAAGGCGAUGAGGUGGAUGAAGACGAGGAGGUCCACAGGGUUCCAGGCCUGCUGUUCCGUCGGCCUCCACAGCUCCUCCAGUACACCGCAGCCCUUCACUCACCGUACAGCGCCGACAGCGGCGGCGGCGGCGGCCAUGGCGGCGAGGGCCAUGAUGACGAUUACGAUGACGACGAAGAAGCAGCUUCCGCGCAUGUGGGAGAACUCAGGCUGGUCAGCCAAAUAGUGUGCCUGGGGGGAUCCUUCGGGCCGGACUGUGGACUGAGCUGUGACGACUGCAUGAACGGGGCCGUGUGCAGUGCAGACAGAGACCGCUGUGACUGCACACCUGGAUGGACCGGGACCACCUGCAAUCAGACGUGCCCCCAGGGCACCUACGGCCAGGCCUGUAACGGUCUGUGUCGCUGUCAGAACGGCGGCUCCUGCGACCCAGGGACGGGUAGCUGUUUGUGCCCAACUGGAGUUCAAGGCCUGUUGUGUGAAGAUGGUUGUCAGAGCGGUCACUUUGGGAGGCUCUGUCUGAGGAAAUGCAACUGUCCCAACAACGGACACUGCCACCGUGUGUUUGGAUCCUGCUUGUGCUCGCCGGGACUGUACGGGCGGUUCUGCCACCUGCCGUGCCCCAGGUGGACCCACGGGGCGGCCUGCUCCAGGGAAUGCGACUGUGACCUGAAGGGCUCCAGCGGCUGUGAUCCCAGAAGGGGGACGUGUCGGUGCAAGGCCGGAUACCGAGGCCCGCGGUGCCAGAGAGAGUGUGAGCCGGGCUCCUUCGGGCCCGGCUGUGAGCAGCGGUGCGAGUGUCCAGGUGGCGGGUCAUGUGACCGGGCGAGCGGGGAGUGCGAGCGGAAAUGUCCGGCAGGACUGCACGGGGACGGGUGCCAACUGGACUGCAAUGCAGGACAGUUUGGGGAGAACUGCAGUCUGAGCUGUGACUGUGGAGGCUCCUCCUGCGAUCCUGUGGCUGGCCUGUGUGACUGUCCUGCUGGGAAGACAGGCCCGGCCUGUCAGCAAGACUGCCCAGAUGGUUUCUGGGGGUUGAAGUGCCGGUCACUUUGUAGUUCCUGUGAAAACGGCGGCUCCUGCAACAAACAAACUGGGGUCUGUGAUUGUCGACCAGGCUUUGCUAGAACGCUCUGCCAAGACGUGUGUGAGGCUGGCCACUGGGGCCUUGGUUGUGCCAGUAAAUGCCAGUGUGGAGAAAACUCGGUGGGCUGUGACCCUGUAAGCGGUCUGUGUUCGUGUGAUGCUGGCUACACUGGAGACAACUGUGAACAAAGGUGCAUGCAGGGUCUGUUCGGGAUGCGAUGCAGCCAGACGUGCGUGUGUCAGAACGGGGCCAGGUGUGACCAUGUCACCGGACAGUGCAGCUGUGCGGCGGGCUGGACAGGAGAGAGCUGCCAGUUAGCCUGCCCUGCCGGCCACUACGGCCAACACUGCUCCCAGCAGUGUGUGUGUGAAAACGGAGGCUCGUGCGACAGGAUCACAGGCCGGUGUUUCUGCCCUGCGGGCUGGACUGGAGCGGGCUGUGAUCUGGGGUGUGAGGAGGGGCGCUUCGGCGAGGCUUGUGCCCACGCCUGCCGCUGUGCCCACGGAGGUCUCUGUGACAGGGUGGAGGGGCGCUGCAGCUGCCCUCCGGGCUGGACGGGGGAGCACUGCCAGAAAGCUUGUGCAGCUGGUUCAUAUGGGUUGAACUGCAGCCAGGCAUGUCAGUGUUUCGGGACCCAUGAGCAAUGCAACCCUGUCUCUGGGAAGUGCACCUGUACGACUGGGUACUAUGGGAUGCAUUGUGGGUUAAGAUGCAGGGAAGGUUCCUACGGGCCGGGCUGCAAGCUAAGGUGCAGAUGCACUAACGGGGGUCUCUGCGACUUCAGGACGGGUGCCUGCCAGUGUCCUGAUGGCUUCAUAGGGGCAGACUGCAGCUCCGGUUGUCCUGCGGGGCACUUUGGAAAGGACUGUGCCAUGCGGUGCUCCUGCGGAGAGGCGGGACAGUGCCACCCGGCUACUGGGAGGUGCAUCUGCAGCCCUGGGAGAAUGGGCCACUUGUGCCAUCAGGUGUGUCCUAGGGGGCGCUACGGGACGAUGUGCAAGCGCAUGUGCGACUGUCAGAGCGGGGCGCUGUGCGACCCGGUGGACGGCUCGUGCACGUGCGGGCUGGGCUGGACGGGACCGCGGUGUGACAGAGCGUGCGCCCAGGGGAAGUAUGGUGCUGGCUGUGCCCUGGACUGUCCCUGCCUCAACAAUGGGACCUGUGACCACAUCUCUGGCAGCUGCACGUGUCCCGCGGGAUACUACGGCCACGCCUGCCAGCUAGAGUGCCCGUCCGGGUUCUUCGGGUCCAGCUGCGCCCGUCCCUGUGACUGCAGGGUGGGGCGGACCUGUCACCAUGUGACGGGUGUCUGCGUGUGCCCACCGGGCCGCCGCGGAGCACAGUGUCAGACGCGAUGUGCGUCGGGGAGGUAUGGCCGUGAGUGUCAGCAGUCGUGCGACUGUGCGGGGGGGUCUGCAUGCGACCCAGCCACGGGGCAGUGUCUGUGCCCCCCAGGCAGGGCGGGGCGGAGGUGUGGAGAAGAGUGUGGUGGACAGAGCUUUGGGCCUGGCUGCUCUCUACCAUGUCAGUGCACUCAUGGCGCCCAGUGUGACGGCCGCAGUGGGCGCUGUGUCUGCCCGCCCCGUUGGCUGGGGCCCACCUGCACAGAAGAACUUCUUGAGCAUAUCCCAGCAGUGCUGAACCCCUCUUGGGCCCAGAGGAGGAGAAGAGCAGGCAGUGUGAAAGCAGCUCAGCCCAGGUAGAGCCCCGUCCUACACAUCACACUACAGGACGCUACACGCCUGCUUCUCAAACCAUUGCCAUGCUCACAGCAAGCAGAAUGCUUUCAUUAUUGAUUGGUUCUCACGGCAGAGAGAGGGCUGGGGGACCUCCGACACUCAGCUCUACUCUGAAAACAGAAACAUUUGUAUGAAGAGGCCAUGAAGGAAGAAUUACAGGCAGGAUGACUGGAUCGCCAUGGAUCUGAAAAUGUACAGCAUUAAAGCAUGCUCCUCAUCUUUUGGAAAACGGCUUCUUCAGUGAUGGACCAACAAGCGAGUUACCGCCUCAAUAAGCUUAUAUAGACCACAAUCAACUGGCUGAAGGCAAUGAUCAUCCGAGUAGUUUGCACACUAACCAUUCGUCAGUCUUUGGUUGGACAUGGCCAUCUCAAGCUACGUUCAAACCUCAUCCUCUGUUUUUUCUCCCCCUCGGAAUGAUUCCAUUAACUGCGGUGGGGACGUCUAUCCCAUACUUGAGUUUCACAGGACCACAAAAAAACACAUUUUUCUUAUGUCUUAAAUGUCUAAACAUUUCAAAACAAAGUACAUGUGGAAAGUUUUAUUUAAUGAAUUGAAUGUUUAAUUAAAAUGAUUAAUGUCCAACAAUGAUGAAAGCAUUUUCUAAAUUAGGUUUAGGAUUGUUAGGGUUGUUUUUGUAUUGGUUUUGUGGUACAUGAGGUCAUAUUUGUUCCUAAGACAUAGAUAAUUGCAUCACCUUGACUGUUUAUAAAAUAAGGCAGUGGUUGACACAAUUCAUAAGAGUUUUUCUGCGCAAUAUGGACAGAAUUGUGAAUUAAGCACAUGGGUUUGGUAAAGCAGUGUCUAUCGGUAUCAUAGCAUAUCUGUAUGGGCCCUGUGACGCCUCUAAAUAAUUGUAUGCAUUGCAAGUCAAAUGUUUGUUUUAAGGAAGCCUCAUGCAUUGGAAGAAGCAAUACUAUUAUUAUUUAAAACAUUUCACGUGAUGGUCGAUAUCUUAUUUUUCUUUUUUUUCUGCAUAAAGUCUCUACAGCCUUACAGUUUCUUGUCAUAUUGAGAUAUGAAACUGUUGUGGCUUUUCGUGUGUAAAAUGUACAUGUUCUAAUUUGUAAUUUUAUGUCAUAAAGUAUUAUAUUUCAUAGAA